AUGAGUCGCCAGCUGCGUGAGUUCUUCAAUGUGUCUGGUGGUGAGCCCUUGAGCCUCGACAAUCCUGCUCUUACAUCCACUCCAGUGUGUGGACAGAAAUGCCUCAACACACCCCACCAGAGAGAGACCACACCAAAACACCAGAAGGAGAACACGGGUUUUAGGACCCCGAAACUCCAUAAGAAUAUUAUAGUCCACACUCCAAGAACACCCACUCCUUUCAAAAACGCCCUGGCUGCCCAGGAGAAGAUGCACGGCCCGUUAAGAAUGGUGCCUCAACCACUGGCACUUCUUGAGGAGGACAUCAGAGAAGUUCUGAAAGAGGAAACUGGGGCUGACAUCUUCACACAAGUGCAGAACCAACCUCAGUUCAGAUCUUAUGAGCUGAUGGAAGCUCCUGCAAGGAAAGUGAGAAAGUCUUUGGUAUUGGACAGCUGGGAAAAAGACUGUUUAAAUGUACAGCUGUUUCCCCAACAGCAGAUUAACAGCAAUGAAGAGUCUCAUAGUAACAACCUACUGACCAGAUCAAUGCUCAUGAUGCCAUUGACAGAGAGAGAGGAGAACUGUUGCUCUCCUGGAUCACUGAAGGAAUCUUUUUCAAUAGUCCGCUCGCUUAGCCCACAGGACAAGAGAGAAAACAUGACCCAAAGGAGCCCACCAUACCAAACACCCACUCCGGCCAACAGUGAGUGGGAGGCGGUGGUUUUUGGGAAAACGGAGGAUCAGCUGAUCAUGACUGAGCAGGCCAGGCGUUACUUAAACACCAACCCUACCGCCUGCAUUUCCAGAGCUCUCGUCCUUUAAACAUCACUACUGCACUACAGCAACCCUCCUCUUUUCCUCUAUCACACCCACAUUUAACCUCUCAGACAAUCUGGUGUAGGAAACAGAAACACUUACUAUAAUGUUUGCUUAACACCUACUGAUAUAACAACGUAUCGCUUAGGAUAAAAAAAAAAAAACUUGUAUGCGAAUGUAGUCAUAAUAUGUAGUCAAAAUACAAAUAGCACUAGAUUUUCUGAAUUUAGCUAAUGGUUUUUACAAUUUUUAGCUGUAGACAGUGUGCUGAUUCUUAAGGGCUGCUUUUUUUUUAAAGGAAAAAAAUCAUAAAACUGAUAUUUUCAGAUAGUUUUAAGCUCUUUUUAGAGGAUUUUAGAGACUGGUGUUAAGGAUUGGGGAGCACUGGCAGUGUUGCACUACUGUGGUUGUUUGUUAGGGUGAGGAGUAACUGGAUAGCACUUGCAACGUAAUCGUUUCCGCUCCAAACGUAACAAAGGUUCCACCCCGAUUAUUUUAUCUUAUUUUAUUUUAUUUUUUAAGAGUAGGACACUCACUGAAUGUAUUGUAUAGCAUGAAUCUGCUAAGUUGACGUUUACUGGAAGGUACCUCGAACAUUUUAUUUGUAUUUUUUUGCUCUAAAGUGAAGGUUGUUAAAGAGGCGUAAAAUCGCUGACUUGCAUGUUUGCAACUGAAGUCUAAAUCCAGCAUCUUCGCUGCUUGUGAAAAUGUUCUCAGUUCAGCCAAAAUCAUGUUUGGUACUUAUAUUAAUGCGCGUGUUGCAUUAUAAAUAACACGUUCCAAGAACAGAUACGUAGGUGAGAUUUGUUCGUUUAGAGCUGUAGGUUCUAUUUAUUAAAUCUUAACUAAUUUAUUUAUUUCAAAGAUAUAAAGAAAAUCUAAUUAUAUUUCUUUUCUGUUAAAGAUUUGACUACCUUCCAUUACAUAUUUCUCAUUUCAAUAACACUGCCACUAAUUUCUUGGCCUGUACAGUAAGGUUCCGUCCUCUUUAACCCAAUUGGUUGACCAUAAAAGUAGCAGCAAGCAGCUUUCAGCCUCCAAAAUAUGGGGAAAUUGCACUUUUUUCAAAUAUUGCAUUAAUGUUGAUUUGUCAUUUAUUAUCUAUUGUUUUAUGCCCUCUGUAGUGUUUACAUUUUGUUGUAUGUGAGGAUUUUUAUUGGUGGCUGAAUGUAUUUAAAAAUUUCAUUAACAUUGACAUGUCAAGACGUCAUCCGAAAGGGAAAAUGGUGUAAACUUAGUUUCUUUCUCCCACUUUCUUGCUCUGGAACAAAUGUUUGUAAGGAUUUGCUCGCUGCUACUGAGUUACAAUAGGAAUUGACAUAAGCACAAUGGUUUGAAGGAAGUGUAGGACAAUUGCUUUGCUCUCAUAUGAGGUGAAAUGUUGAAUUAAAUGUCUUGUUUUAUUAUUUUAUUAACAUGAGAAGAGCCCAUGUAAAAUAGUUUCAGGUUAUUCCCAAUGAUAAGUUAGUCUAAGGGAAAAGGAAAAUCCUGAUGUUAAAGAAUUCGGCAGUAUUAGCGUUACAUAUUGGGUUUUAUCAUUUUUUUUUUUUUUGUAAAAAGUUUAUUUUUGCUAAAUGUAACCCAGAUAUUAGAAUGCAAAAACACCAUCUGUAUUCAAAGAAACACUACACAUUGUGUCCCUCAACGCAUCUGUGUUACUGAGAUUCAUUUAUAUUGGCGCAUGUAACGUUGUAGAUAACUGUUUAUUAUGUCUUUGUUCGUCUUCAUUUUACUGUCAAAGUGUUUGUCUUGUUUGUUGGGAUUUCCUUUUUUCUGUAGACUUGAGGGAAGCAAGAAUAUGUAGCAAACGGACAUGCAUGAAAACAAGCAGUGCACUUCAACUGACAUACUCUUUUCUCAUGCAGUGUUACGAAUUUGACAUUGUUUUCCGCUGAACAAUAAUAACCUGCUUCUUUGAUAUUACAACCAACUCACCAAUAGCCAUGCUGUCAUUCACAUACCUAAAAAUAAAAAUAUGCUCUUUAAAA